AUUCUGUAUUUUUUUUCGUCAUGUCAUAGAGUUAAUAAUUCCACUCUAUUUGUUCUGAUUCAACAGAUUUAAGGUUAAUUACAUAAACAACCUUACAAAUUUAUCCUAAUCAUAGCUAGUUAUAUGUUGCGAAACCUUCAAUUGAAUUAGGAGAAAAAUAGAAACUUAUAAAUAAAAAACAUAUUUUACCACAAAUAUUUUCUAACCAAAGAAAAUUGUGCAAAAUAUUUGACAUACUAAUAUUCUGAAAUUAAUAAUUCUUCAAAUUUUGCAGGUUUUGGAGUUGGGAAUUUUGGUUCAUUCUGUGAUUAUUGGGAUUUCCCUUGGAAUUAUAGAAAAUCCAAAAACAAUUAAACCUCUUAUAAUAAGCUGAGUUUUCAUCAAUUUUUUGAAGGCAUGGGACUUGGUGGCUGUAUUUCCCAAUCAAAGUAUAAGGCAAAAACAAUCAUAAUUAUGGUAUUGUUCUUUACUGUUACUACUCCAAGUGGAAUAGCUAUUGGAAUGAUGAUAUCAAAAGGUUACAAUGAGCAAAGCUCAACAGCACUAAUUGUACAAGGAGUUCUUAAUUCAGCAUCAGCUGGAAUUCUUAUUUACAUGGCACUUGUGGAUCUUCUUGCAACUGAUUUUAUGGGACCCUAAAUUAUACACUAGUUUCAAACUCCAAAUAAUUGCCAAUGUAUCACUUGUCUUGGGAGCUUGUUGUAUGUCAUUAUUGGCAAA